AAUAGGCUAUCGUCCUUUGGUAUCGUCUUAGAUACGUGUCGGUAUGUCAGCUCAGAGGAGUUCGUCAAAAAAAAAAUCAAAAAUUACUAGCGAUGAUUCAAAAAAUCUUGUGGAAAACAUCUUCACAUCAAACGUGUCAAACGCUAAAUAUUUACAGUCUAAACCAAACGAAAAAGAGAAGUCUGGACAUUUAUGUAUCUCUGGACGGUAUACAAAAGAAAAAAAUGCACCAUUCAGGGUUGAUGAAGAUUUAAAAUUAUACGACACCAAUUAUUUUGCUGAAAUGGACGAGUCUGAAGAUAACACUAACGUCGGCGACGGAAAAACAGCAGUUAAAGAAGAACCACCCGAAAUAUUGAACCUAGAUAAGACCAUCGAAGAGUUUAAAAGUGCGACGGAAUUCAAAUUUAUUUAUCUAGUUUACGCAGUCAGCAAAAAAUCUAAAUAUUUUUCACCGUAUAAUUUCAAAAUUGUUUUGUUCAAAAAUAUCAAUAAACUUUGUUUCUUUACACUAAGUAAUGAAGGUAUGUUGUCUCAUAUCGAAAACGAAGUGACAUUCACGCCUUUUGUGCAAUUCGAAAAGGAAUAUAGAUUAUAUAAGAAAAUUGUAAAAGUAUCGCUGUUUAAAAAUUACAUACAAUGGAAGUGUCUACAUUUCUGGUAUAAGCACAUUUCUCAGAACAAAUACUGUCGGGCGAGGGAAGAACUACAAGGUCCGCUUUCGUUAUUCAUGCUGUCCGCUCCACUACGGGACGCUUUGUUAAAGGUAUAUGACCUGAUUUACCAGACUGCGGCAAUGAGCUUAUACAACGGUUCAGUUACGGAAGAAAGCACACUCCAAUCGUUUAAAGAACAACAGGAGAUUAGCACCGAAGCGGGCGUCGGACACUUGCAGGACCUACGCCUAGCGGUCAAAAGCUUAGUGUUGGCAGCGUGUUCCAGUGCGCUGGCCGAGUGUGGAUUCACCGUGGACGACUUAGAGUUUCGCGUCAAAAAAACCUCACGUACAGCACAGCCUCGCGGUGGUGAUAAUAGUAAGGUUAUCACCAGCUAUACGAUGUCAUUCGUAAAACAAAGGUCCAAACUGAAAUGCUGUCAAAGGAUAUGCCGGUUCAUCGCGUUGAUUGAUUUCCAGUUGCAAUCACAUCUCCAUAAGAUAACCAGGAAUCAAAUCGUUCAAUUUGAGAGGGACGUGCGCAGACACUACAAGUACGUUCCCGACGAAUUGCAUCAACUAAACGGCCGUGACAACAAUGACGUCGAUAACGCACUGGAAAAUGACAUGGCUUCGGACGAUCCCAAGUCGCCGUUGUUCGUAUUGGAGGCGUUUUUAACAAAAAAUGGUAUCGAAUUCGAUAACACGCAAAACGAUUUCAUCACUUACAUGACGUUUUUAAUGGAAAACUGGAAAUGGAUCGUUAUCACUCACGUUCCUCCACUCCUAGACGACAUCGAAUUUAACAAUUUCUCAACGCCGUCGAUUUGUGGUAAUCAGAAUGACCGAAUAUGCGCCAACGGACCAUCACUGCAGUUUAUAUUCGACAUUGAUGGAGCGUAUCAGAGCUCCGUGGAAAAGAUAUUGAAUUAUUUCACAACAAAUUUCAAGGUGGUACAUAAUUACUUGAAACGUCUGGAAUAUGUUCACAUUAUUUACAGGGAAAACGAAGACAUAGAUCAAGGAAAUAUCGUAAACGAAACCAGCAUAAAGAAUUUUCAAAAAAUGUUAGAGAAAUACAAACAACAAAUAAACGACGUAGAUAAAAUAAAGACUACACAUAUGCUGGGCAUGUUUCAUUUAAAAUUACAUCUUUUAAAAAAUGUUGCUAAACCUACCUGCGAAUAUUUAUUAGAUCUAGUGGAAAAAACGCUUGUAAAAGCAGGAAAACGGUUGGUGAAUGAACUGUUUAACGAAAUAAACGAUUCGCUCAAGUACCUUCACACCUCUCCAUCUACUGCUGCACAAUAUGUAGAUUAUAAAAAGUUCUUAGACAAUUUUUCCACGAGGUUAGAUGAAAUAGAUAAAAAUCAAAACUAUAUCAGAGAACUUUAUGACUUGGCCGAAAAAUUUGAAGUGCCGGUUCCUGAUGAAGAUAUCAACAAUUAUGAUAAAUUUACAGAGACGCUUACUACUUUACAAACAGCGUUCGAGGAUAUUAACAAAGAACAAGACAAACUCAUUGGAGAAUUCAUCAAAAAAAUUGAUAUUCAUAUAAAAGACAUGAUUCAAGAUGUAGAACAAAUAAAUAAUGAGGCCAAUGAAUUAUGGUUAACUGAUAUUAAUACUAAUAAAGAAGAAGUAAAAUUGGCAUUAUCUAAGCUUCAUAAUCGAUUAGCAGACCGCCAAGAAGAAUCGAUUUUAUAUGAGUCUUAUCAGCGUUUUUUUCGAGUGGAAAUGACUAAGUUUAAUAUUCUAAGCAUUGCAAGUGAAGCUGUAAGACUUAGAAUUUUACUGUGGGAUAGCUUAGACGAAUGGGAAAAAAAAAUGUCUGUUUGGGAAGAAGACAAUUUUCAUAAUUUAGAAGUAGAGCAAAUGAACACGUUCUUAGCACUAAAUUUAAAAUAUGUAAUGCAAUUCAAAAGAAUUAUUCCUGCAUGUGAACUCGUUGAUCUUAUUGACAAAAAAGUUCAGUCAUUCAAAGAAAAAAUGUCGAUUAUAACCAUGUUAAGAAAUCCAAAUCUUACAAAACAUCAUUGGAUUAAAAUCGAGCAUAUACUUGGGACAGCAUUUCCGACUAACCAAUCUCUUACUCUAAUUAUGCUCGAAAAAUUAGAUGCUUUCAAACACGGUUCUGAAAUAAUAGAUAUUUCAAUGCAAGCAAGUUCUGAAGCUACUUUAGAGGCAAUAUUGAAGAAAGUUGAAGAUUCUUGGAAAAACGUAAAUUUGAUUGUACUUCCUUACAAAAAUACUAACGAUAUUUUUAUACUAGGUUCAUUAGAAGAAGUUCAGUUAACAUUAGAAGAAACAAAUAUAAACUUAAAUACUCUCGUUUCAUCAAAAAACAUAAUGAUGAUUAAAUCAAAAGUUGAAGAGUGGAUAAAUUCUAUGGCUAUUAUGAAUGACGUUUUAACAGAAUGGAUUUUAUGCCAAAAUAAUUGGAUUUAUUUAGAAACGAUAUUCGCUGCUCCGGAUAUACAAAGACAACUUCCGAAUGAAGCUAAAUUAUUUAAUCAAGUAAAUAAUUCAUGGAAGAUUAUUAUGCAAAAGGUUGUAAAAAAUCCUAUAGCAAUAAGCAUAUGCACUGAAACUGACCUAUUGAAAACCCUUAUAAUGAACAAUCAACAAUUAGAACAAGUAUUGUUAUAUUUAGAAGCAUAUUUAGAAUCAAAAAGAGUUGUGUUCCCGCGAUUUAAUUUCUUGGCAAACGACGAACUAUUAGAAAUAAUCGCUCAAGUUCGAAAUCCUAGAACUGUACUACCGUACAUGAAUAAAUGUUUUGAAGCAAUUUGGCGAAUUCAGUUUAAAAACGAAGACGACGAAAGAAAGCAGUUACAAUCGGUGAUCGAAGGAAAAUAUAAUACAUCUACAGACGUUAUCGCUAUGGUAUCUCCAGAAAGAGAAAUUGUCAAAUUUGUAUCACCAAUUAAAGCCACUGGGAACGUUGAAUUUUGGCUGUCGAGGGUAGAAAAGGAGAUGGUAAAUACACUACGAGCUCUCAUGUCAAUAGCCAUUGAAGAUUAUAAUGAAAUUCCUAAAGAAAAAUGGGUUUUAUUACAUGCUAACCAGCUAGUGAUUGUGAUAUCACAGAUAAUCUGGUGUCGUGACGUACACGUAAUCCUCAAUCUUAAGGCCAACGUACAAGAAUCAUUGGUCAAAUUUGAACAAAAAUGUUUUAAAUUAAGUAUUUCUACUACAAAAUCACAUUAA